UGGACCUCUGUGUAUUUAAUAAUAUUGAAAAAUCUCUUAUUUUGGAUUUUAAGGCUUUAUUUAUGAAGCAGUUGAUGCAUUUUAUAUAUUUAGUAAGAAACAGCUUAUGAGAUAUAAAAUGGUUGAUUUGUGGAUUGGACGUCCUUUUUAUAUAAACAUUCAGUUUUUAAUAUAAACUACCUUUUCACUUUUAUCUUUUUUAAUGUUAGGGAUUUAGUGCGAAAGCCUUUCUCUCCUUAUUUAUGUAUUUCUGAGUGUUUAUUUUACGGUGUCAGACCUCCUGCAUCUUUUUCAUUCCACCUUAAAUCCCUCCGCCCCCUUGUGGCGGUUGCGCGCGCGCCAAUCCAGGCCGUUCCACCUUAAGCGCACGAGGCGCCGAACGCACGCGCGCGCGGCGGUGCGAUGUUUCCGCUCGCUCGGACCGCGCGGCUUCCAGCGGGGCAGCAGCGCGAAGCCUGGAGAUAAAAAAUUUUAAAAAACGCCCGAAAACAAAAAAAGGAGUUCGGAGCAGCGCUCACUGCACCCCGCCGGCAGCGCUGGGCACGGACGGACGGAGGAAGGGAGCGAGAGAGAGAACGACAAAACAAAAGCGAAAAAAAAAAACCCCACAAUAAUGUCCGAGCCGAGGUUCCGCGAGUGGAUUCUGGACACGAUAGACUCGCUGAGGUCGCGGAAAGCGCGGCCGGACUUGGAGCGGAUCUGCCGGAUGGUGCGGCGGCGGCACGGCUCGGAGCCGGACCGGACCUGCGUGGAGCUGGAGAAGCUGAUCCAGGAGCACGCGGUGCUCAAAGUGAACUACAAGGGCUCCGUGUCGUACCGCAACGCCGCCAAAGUGCAAAGAGGCCGGCGGAAACUCGAGCAGGCGUCCGCCCUCAAGCCCGCGGCCAAGCGAGCCUGCACGGCCGAGGUGAACCGCGACGGAGGCGGCGACAAUGCGCUGGGACCAGCCGACGAGGAGCCGAUGGAGGACGGGGAGGAUGAGCUGUCCACCACUGCUGGCCUGGACAGCAGCAUGGACGAGGAGGAGGCCAGUCUGGAUGCGCCAUGCAUGCAGAGCACCACUGACUCCGGCAUCGGCCUGAGUCCCAUCACAGACGCUGGAUCCAGCCUGCCUGCCGCGUCUCCCAGCGCCCCGAAAAGCUCUCCCAGCCACAGCAGCCUGGAGCCAGAGAGAGAGACCCCACACGCUCCCCCCGAGCACACACAGCCCGCCGCUCAGCAGGACACAGGGUCUCCGGAGCUGGAGCUGGCGCGGCAGCCGGCGGCCAUCUGUCCCUCAGCCCAGCGGAGCACACUGACGGGAGAGGAGGGGCCGAGAGUUGAGGAGAGCGCGCUCACACCCGAUCAGCUGCUGUCGGACUGCAGAGCCUCUCUGCACCAGGAUGAGGCAGUUGGUUCUGACCGAGAACCCGCCAAAGGCUCUGUCCCUGCAGAAGAGGGUAAAAAGUGCAGUAAAGGGGAUGAUGUUGCUUGCCCACAAGAAAUAGAGCAAGCCAAGAAUGGAGGGAUAAAAAGAGGAGUCUCGGUGAAGCCUGAGGAGAUUGCACAGGACCUGCUACAGUGGAGUGUGGCGGACGUGGUCAGUUACUUCACUGCAGUGGGAUUUCCCGAGCAGGCAGUGGCUUUCAGAACACAGGAAAUUGACGGGAAGUCGCUUCUCCUGAUGCAGCGCAGUGACGUGCUAACAGGUCUGUCGAUCAGACUUGGCCCCGCCCUCAAGAUUUACGAACAUCACGUGAAGGUGCUGCAGAGGAGCCACUUUCAGGAGGAUGGUGAUGUCAUCUCAUAGCCCCGCCCCCUCCACUUCAGAGACUUGACUGAUACCCACAGAGCCCAGCGUGGGCACACUGCGGGGAGAGAAAGGACUCCUAUACUCAGCCUUUCCUCGCCUCCAUCCAUCCAUCCAUCCAUCCAUCCUUCCCCCAGACCGGCAGAAAACUCUGCCACAGGAUAUCAUUUCUCUCUGCUUCCUCUCCUUCUUCACGCCAUCACUUCACUCCAUCAGUGACGCCACUCAGCUGUGGACUUUGUGUCUUUGGCAUUCU